GGAGGCGCAGUCUCCCUCCCAGGUGCGCGCUUCGCUCCCGGAGCCGCGGAACUCGGCGGCCGCCAUGGCGUCCAACAUGGACCGGGAGAUGAUCUUGGCGGAUUUUCAGGCAUGUACUGGCAUUGAAAACAUUGAUGAAGCUAUUACAUUGCUUGAACAAAAUAAUUGGGAUUUAGUGGCAGCUAUCAAUGGUGUAAUACCCCAGGAAAAUGGCAUUCUACAAAGUGAAUACGGACGUGAGACCAUACCAGGACCUGCAUUUGUUCCAGCAAGUCAUUCAGCUUCAGCUCCUGCUCCCUCUUCUUCUUCAGCAUUUCGACCCGUAAUGCCAUCCAGGCAAAUUGUAGAGAGGCAACCUCGGAUGCUGGACUUCAGGGUUGAGUACAGAGACAGAAAUGUUGAUGUGGUACUUGAAGACAGCUGUACUGUUGGAGAGAUUAAACAGAUUCUAGAAAACGAACUUCAGAUACCUGUGUCUAAAAUGCUGUUAAAAGGCUGGAAGACUGGAGAUGUGGAAGACAGUAUGGUCUUAAAAUCUCUACACUUGCCAAAAAACAACAGUCUUUAUGUCCUUACACCAGACUUGCCACCACCUUCAUCAUCUAGUCAUGCUGGUGCCCUGCAGGAGUCAUUAAAUCAAAACUUCAUGCUGAUCAUCACCCACCGAGAAGUCCAGCGGGAGUACAACCUGAACUUCUCAGGAAGCAGUACCAUUCAAGAGGUAAAGAGGAAUGUGUAUGACCUUACAAGUAUCCCUGUUCGCCAUCAAUUAUGGGAGGGCUGGCCAGCUUCUGCCACAGAUGACUCAAUGUGUCUUGCUGAAUCAGGCCUCUCUUAUCCCUGCCAUCGACUUACAGUGGGAAGAAGGUCUUCACCUGCACAAACCCGGGAGCAGUCCGAGGAGCAAAACACCGAUGUUCAUAUGGUUAGUGACAGUGAUGGAGAUGACUUUGAAGAUGCUACAGAAUUUGGAGUGGAUGAUGGAGAAGUUUUUGGCAUGUCCUCAUCUGCCCUGAGAAAAUCUCCAAUGAUGCCAGAAAACGCAGAAAAUGAAGGAGAUGCCUUAUUACAAUUUACAGCAGAGUUUUCUUCAAGAUAUGGUGAUUGCCAUCCUGUAUUUUUUAUUGGCUCAUUAGAAGCUGCUUUUCAAGAGGCCUUCUACGUGAAAGCCCGAGAUAGAAAGCUUCUUGCUAUCUACCUCCACCAUGAUGAAAGUGUAUUAACCAACGUGUUCUGCUCACAAAUGCUUUGUGCUGAAUCCAUUGUCUCUUAUCUGAGUCAAAAUUUUAUAACCUGGGCUUGGGAUCUGACAAAGGACACCAACAGAGCAAGAUUUCUGACAAUGUGCAAUAGACACUUUGGCAGUGUUGUUGCACAAACCAUUCGGACUCAAAAAACAGAUCAGUUUCCACUUUUCCUGAUUAUUAUGGGAAAGCGAUCAUCUAAUGAAGUGUUAAAUGUGAUACAAGGAAACACAACAGUGGAUGAGUUAAUGAUGAGACUCAUGGCUGCAAUGGAGAUCUUCACAGCCCAACAACAGGAAGAUAUAAAGGAUGAGGAUGAACGUGAAGCCAGAGAAAACGUGAAAAGAGAGCAAGAUGAAGCCUAUCGUCUUUCACUGGAGGCCGACAGAGCAAAAAGGGAAGCUCAUGAGAGAGAGAUGGCCGAGCAGUUUCGUUUGGAGCAGAUUCGUAAAGAGCAAGAAGAGGAACGUGAGGCCAUUCGGCUCUCCUUAGAGCAGGCCCUGCCUCCAGAGCCAAAGGAAGAAAAUGCUGAGCCCGUGAGCAAACUGCGGAUUCGGACCCCCAGUGGCGAGUUCCUGGAGCGGCGUUUCCUGGCCAGCAGUAAACUCCAGAUUGUCUUUGAUUUUGUAGCUUCCAAAGGAUUUCCAUGGGAUGAGUUCAAGUUACUGAGCACCUUUCCUAGGAGAGACGUAAGGAAAUUGAAGCUGGUCCCAGAGAGGUAACCCAGUUGGAUCCAAAUAAAUCAUUAUUGGAGGUAAAGUUAUUCCCUCAAGAAACCCUUUUCCUUGAAGCAAAGGAGUAAACAGCCCAGUGGUGGAACCAGCUAUUCCUUGACAAGUCACAGGCCUGCGUCAAGAGAAGGGCUCCUUGCCAACCCACCCACACGCUCGUCUCACUCAAUUCAAUGUCACACUUCUGCCUCUUGCAAGAUUGCUGGAAAAAAAAGUAAUAAUAAACAUAGCUACUUAAAAUUUCCCAUCCAUGAGUAUAUGUUUUCAACCCUCAAUGCACAGGCAGAGAAUUAUGACUCUGCCACCCUCCCCUAGUCCCUUCACCCCGUUCAGUGACUAAUGCACUGUUCAAGCGUGAGUGAUCAGUAAGUAGAAUUUUUACCUCUCCAGUGCCCAUCUUCUCCCCACAAUGUCUAGGACAGUUCUGUCUGUCCUUCUGUCACCAAGAUGCUGUGAUUUGAUGUGUCUCAUUGAGCUCACACACCUCUGCCUUUUUAUUUUUGUGACUGGACUUUUACUUUGUCACCUAAUUUUAAGAGGCAGGGGGAAAACAAGUCAAAUGGGACAUUCUCAGCAUGGAGAUUAACCAUUGUAGGCGAAAAGGCAUAUCAUUUUUGUUGGUACUUUCUGACUUCAUUGCUAAGACGUAAGGAUUUAUUUGAGGACAGCAUUUGACAUAUAUGCAAGAUACUUCUUUACUUCUGCUGCCUUGGGUCUCCAGGUUCCAUCUAGGAGGUAUUUGCUAUUCCACUGCAGCAGGAAACUGCUCAAGUGCACAAUGUGAAUGUUGAGAUAUUGUGAAGAGAGGACCGUACCAAGACUUCGGUAUCUGGCCCAGCUGCAGGAAGCUGCUGUUAGGUUUGCAUUUUGGUGGUUAAAACCUCACGGAUACCAGCUGCCAAGUUGCUGGUCCGUCGGUGUGCACUGAACACAAUUCUCUUCUGCUUUUCUCUCCCUCUGCUUCAUCACACAUUUGGACCUUGUCACUUGAUGGUUUAAGCACCGUGUCUAUCACCAAAGUCUGAUUAGCUGCCCCAUGGACUCUGAGCCCAGCUGUCAUAAGGGACUGGCUCUACUGUUUCACUCUUCUGUUGUUUUAAUGUUAGAUCUUCGGUUCCUAUCUCAAAUAAAAGGGGUCUCAGUCUGUGGCUGAAAAUUCAGAUUUCAUAUAUUUAAUAGAACAAAUGUGGGGGCUCAGCUCAAAGGACAUGUGUUGCCUGAAUCUACUUAUAAUUUGGGAUUUGAUUUGAUAAAUGGAUUUCUGUUAAUCUACGGGUUUGGGGUUUAGCUCAUGGAGCACUAUUUUAACUCCAUAACAAAUGAUUUCUUUUUAGUCUUAGAAUGUUUCUCCAUAUCCGUUUUUGUGUCACCUAUGGUCUUUAUCCUAGGGGUUGAAAUCCUGAUUUUGACAUUUUGUACUUAUCCAAAAGAGUGUAGGUACUGGUUUUUUACCCCAGCUCCAGCCA